GAUGGCGGACAAAUUGCAAUUUCAGAUCCAGGAUUCAGCUUUUAGUUUGGAAUUUCUAAAGGAGACGUUUGAGUUUUCAAACAAUACUGCACAGGUUAUAAAGGAUUCUUUCGGUCCAAAUGGAUUAGACAUUUUAUUAUCCACAUCUUCAGGUACGCUACUCCUGACAAACGAUGGAUUUCAAGUAAUAAAAUCGUUGUCUGCAAGUAGACCUGUUGGAAAAUUGAUUUUCCAAGGAUUAACUUUGUUUUAUAAAAACGCUGGGGACUUUUCAAAGAAGUUUAUCUUGCUCCUCAGAGAGUUUCUUUGGGAAGUUUUAGAUAUUGUGUCUUCAGUAGAUAAAAGUUCAUCCAGUGAGCAAAUUUUGUGUAUUUCACAAGGUUUGGAUGAAUUAUUGCAUAAAUAUAUACUUCAAGAAGUUUUUAAUCAACUACAAGCUAUGGGAGUAAUUCACGAAUUCACUGAAAAAAUUGAAGAUCUGCCAAAUUUUUUUACUUCGGUCAUGAAGAGCAGUGUGAUUGGGAAAUUUAGUCCAAAAACAUGCGAGAUUUUUAUCAGUCUUUUACAACAACUUUUUGACGUGGAAGAGACCUCAAAUGAUGUUGAACAUUUAAAACAGAGGACAGAAAAACUAUUGGAUGACUUUUCUAAUACAGUAUGGGAAGUUCCGGGAAAGGCACUGGCCUUCUCAACUGUUAUACCAGGAAUUAUAAUUCCCCGAGAGUUUUCAACCAUAAUAAAAAAACUGCCAAAAUCUUUCGAAAGCAAUUCCUUCAAGUUUGUUAUCCUGGCUUCCUGUCAUGGCUACGAUCUUCCACGAAGUGCCGCAGUCCUGUCUCUAAAACAUUCACAGCAUGUCGACCAUGUGCUCAGGUGGAGAAAACAGCAUAUUGAAAAUCUAGUGAAAACAUUGGCUCAGAAUAAAGUGGAGUUGAUAAUUACAUCAACGAAAUUGCAUGAAACCUUUGUUCAUAUUUGCAACCAGUACCACAUGGCUGCAAUACAUCUAGUAUCCCAUGAAGAUAUUCUGAGAAUUUCUGAUGCAGUUGGUAUACACCCUUUAACUGAGUUGAGCUGCAAUCUCACUCAGUUUAUUGGUGUGGCUACUUCAUGUAAACCAAUCCAAGUUGGACAACAUGUGUAUACACAUUUACAACUUACUAAGAUGUUCGUGAAGAGCAUGGUCCUUUAUGCACCAACAGGUGAACUUUGCCACCAAUAUUCAGUUGGUUUGCAAAACAUGUUAAAAAUACUUAGAAGUUCUUUCAAACAAUGCCCAGACAAGUCAUGGGUUGUGUCCUAUGUCCCUGGUGGUGGGACAUUUGAGCUUGCUCUUGCAAAUAAACUUGAGGAAUACAGGAAUCUUUGUAAGCUCAACCCAAACACGAUGCUUGCUUGCGAGAUAUUAGAAAAAGCUUUGCUCAGCGUGCCUAGAAAAUUAGCGGAGAAUUCAAACAGUAAUUUAUCCACCUUUGAUUUGAGAGCCAAAACGAGGCAUGCAUUAGCUGCUGGAGAACCUGUGUGUGGCUUAGAAAGAAAUGGAAAGUUGGGUUUUCUGAUAAACAAAGGUGUCAUAGAACCAACAAUGGCAAACUACCAUCUGGUUUCAUCUGUAAUACAACUAGUUAUUCAAAUACUUAGAACUGAUAAAGUUAUCCAUGUCAAAACUCUGCCAAAAAAGAGUGUUGAAGUUGAUAGUGAAGGGUCUGAUACUGAUGAAAAUAUGUAAAACUUGCAUCAGACGUAACGUUACUAUAAUAUUUUCAAGAUGAGAAAUUUAGAUUUUUGUUAUGAUUUUAAUAACUAAAGAUGUUC